GCGAUUGAAUUUCAAUUUCCUUCAAGAGGUUUAAAAUAUCUCCGUCUUUCGCCGUUUCAAGCCCUAGCCAUCCAACUUCUCUUGUCCCCAACUCGUUUCUCUCGUGGAAAUCCUUCUCUCCGAUUCACUAUCCUGUUUUCGACAUGAAAGGCGACAGAUCGAAGGCGGAUUCUAAGAAAGCUGAUGCCAAGCUUGCUGUGAAUAAGAAAGGCGCCGCCUCCAAGGCAGGCAGGAAACCAAGUAAGGGGAAGGCUGCGAAAGACCCUAACAAGCCAAAGAGACCGGCCAGCGCCUUCUUCGUUUUCAUGGAGGAGUUUAGGAAGCAGUUUAACAAGGAAAAUCCUAACAACAAAGCAGUGUCUGCCGUUGGCAAAGCUGCUGGGGCAAAAUGGAAGUCCAUGUCUGAUGCUGAGAAGGCACCCUAUGUUGCUAAAGCAGAGAAACGAAAGGCUGAUUACGAGAAGAAUAUGAAAGCCUAUAACAAGCGACAGGCGGAAGGUCCAAAUGCUGCAGAAGAAGAAGAAUCUGAGAAGUCAAUGUCUGAGGUGAAUGAUGCGGAGGGAGGAGAUGAGGAGGGCAGCGAUGAGGAGGAAGAUGACGAGUAGCAAAUGGACUAUAGCCAUUGUUUAGCUGAUCUGAACACCGGCCUUUUGAUGACAAGUCCAUCUCCUACUUUCAAAAAAUAUUCAUGCUCCCUUAAUUGUUGCCCCUUCCAAAGGUCAAUAGCAUAGUUGGUAGUCAACUUCUAUAAGUACUUUUUAGUCUUUAACUGAGUGGCGCUGGCCUCUUGUAGAGCUUUUAGUUUGAUGAUGCUUAUCUUUCUGGAACCUUUUUACUUCUGUAUUAAUAGGCUGUGUUGGAGCAUUAUUAUGGUGCAAUCCGUUGAAUGAUGCCGCAUAUUUGUCAUUGUUAUUCGUUA